AUGUUUUAUGUGCAACCCUGUCAGGCGGUGUCAAGCGAGGCCGUGCGUGUCUUUUCUGACCACACGGUGAACGAAGAAUUGCAAUCCAGUGGUGAGCGACAAGCCAAAGUGAAAGGAUUGGUCCAGAAAUUGCAACAAGCCGUAGAACGCCUACAAGCAGGUGGCGAAAUUCCUUGCCACUUUACAACUUUAACUACUGCCAUUUACCACUGGCAAGACUUAGCCAAAAUUUUGGAAAAGUAUGAGGUUGCAGUAACAGAGCGGCGACAAGGUCGGUCAGAUCCACUUGAACCGGCCGAACGCAAGUUGUCAGCAGAGAGACGCCGUGUCUUGAAGUAUCCCGGCGUUGUAGCAUGGUUUACAGGGUACAAAAUGGAGUUGUUUUACAAGCAUGUCUUGAAAUACGAAGACGGAGAAGGAGUCUUUGAGUGGGGUGCAGACGGUAUCAUGCAUCUGCACUCGAUCAAUUUUGGCGCGCAGAUGCCGCGAGUUGAUCCCGCUCAAGAUGAAUGGCGACUGCCGUGCCCGCAGAGCAUUCGCACUGCCCAAGACGUUGCGCAAGUGCAUGAAGAGUACGUGACAGACUGGAGUCUGAGCAAAGCAGAAAAGUGGUCAGAACAAGACAUUGAGAAUGCAGCAGCACGCCGGACAAGUGGUGGCUCCCCACUACAUUCAGAUGCAGAAUCAGAUGGAUCGGAAGAUUUGGAGUGCCAUAACAGUGCAAAGACACAAGAUUUGGAGCCCAAAAACAAGCGCGCGCGUGUGUCUUUUCUGACCGCGAGCGCAGCGGAGAGCAAGAAGCAAGAGCAGUUGCAAGUUGGCUUGGAAGCAGAUGUGUUUUGUCAGCAUGGGUUAGCUUCAGAUGUAGAUUUUGUGCGGGUGUUUCCAACACCUACAAGCAUGGCAUAUGUCGAGGAUGCAGCUGGACGCCGGAAGGUUCGGGCGCUGACAGCAGAGGAGAAAAAGUUACUGAAAGAUUUGGAUGCUUUGGUGGUGCAAAAAGAUUGGCAUCCGUGUCAGAUAGGAACAGACCAGAAAGCACUCAUGAUGACCAAUAACUGCCAGCUUGUCAGGCGCAUGCGGCGCAAAUGGUACCGCAAGCUUGCCGAGAAAUGCAACAUGCAUGAUCGACACAGUGGGGUAGGUGUCGAAGUGCCGCCAGUUUACGUGGAAGUUCCGGCAGAGGAGGAAGCAGCUGGCGAAGCAGAGAGCAGAACCGACAUCAACCAUGAUGUCGCCGAGAUUUCCGUAGCCAGUUUAAAUUUGCAUAUGCAGCCAUUGCGUGCAGAUGUCCGUGAAAUGAUUUCCGAGCAUGAUGUUUUCUGUUUGCAAGAAUUGACGCCGGCAGCAUUGCCGGCCGUGCUUGCUGCUGGACGGGACUUGGAAUAUGAUGUGAUCAGCCCGGCACAGCGUGGUCAUACAAUGCUUGAAGGUUUCGAUGUUUGCAUGCUUUUGCGCAAGGCCACUCUGAAGCGCUUGCGCGUCGGCAUUGUUCCGUUGACUGCAGGGGGCGUACGGCAUAUGUUGCAUGUACGAGUCCAGGUGAAGAAGAAUGGAGCUUGUUUAGCUUUGGCCACUGCGCAUUGCACGGCAGGCAAGGAGGAGGUAAUGCAGAGGACAGCCGAGAUGGAUGCGAUUUGGAGCGCCUUAGAAGCUUUAACUGUCGAUGGUUGUAUUUUUGCAGGGGAUACCAACAUGCACGCUGAAGAAGGCAUACCGCAGCAGUACCGAGAACAAUGGGAUGAUGCUUGGGAGGUGGACGGUGCUGAUGCAACUUUGUCAGGCACGUGGUGUCAAGAUUGGAUGGACACGACGCACCCCCUGGUGCCAUCGUGGCGUUUUGAUCGCGUUUUUUACUUAGCCAAGGUAUUUUACCGUGAUGUCCCACAGGAAGCUGUCACUAAGGAGCCUGCCGGUGUUGAUGCUGCUGUGAUUUCUCUGUCCGGUAUCAAUACCGAUCCUGUAGGAGACGCAUCGAGUUCGGAUGCCGCUGUGACUUUUCUGUCCGGCGUUCAGCAGCAAUCUGGAAGCAAGGUCUCAGAAGAGCGGCGACGCCGUGGCGGAGGUCAGAGUCAGAGGUCUGUGCGGUUGCAGAGUUUAGCUUUGGUCCAAAACAGUUUUGACCGUACUUGGGGACUGGGUUUGUCCGACCAUGCUUGCAUCUCCAGUUGGUUUUUAGUGCAGGCAGGAGCUGUGGCGGAGCAGUUGCCGCAAGCAGAAUAUUUGCGCGUGGUGCGUCCAGGCUUAGGAACUAAAAAUGCGAAUUUUGGCACCAAUUUGACGCCGGAAACAGUGCAGCAGAUGUCGUUGGCACAGUUUGUAGGCCGAGUAGAUCGCAGAGGCAAGAAGUUAAGUCUGCGCAAGAAGCAUGCCAUCGUCAAAGAAAAGCCGUAUUUAAAUUUAGACAGUAGGAGACCCAAUGCCGGGGAUAUGGCUCGCUACGCUUUGCGCUUGCACCGGCCUUUUGUAGCAGUGACAGAUGAUCCUGGUUUGUUGUCAGACAAAGAUGCCAUUGAACAGUUGCACACUUUUGUUGAAUCUGCUGUAUGUCCCCUUUGGUUGAAACAACGCUUUCGUCGCCAGAACAAGGUGAAGAAAGCCAAAGGCCGUCGCACGGGCGAUGUGGCUUUUCUGCCCGUCGUUCCCGAUGCACCCCCAGCUGCAAGCCAAGCAGCAAGCACCGGCGCUGAUGUGGCUUUUCUGCCCGUCGCGUCUGGUGUUGUACCCUCAGCUGGAAGCCAGGCAGCAGACACUGGCGCUGAUGUGGCUUUUCUGCCCGUCGCGCUUGGUGUGGUUGAAUCAUCGGCAGUGUCUGAUGGUGUUGUCGAGCCGGGCAAAAACAUGUCCGCUGCGGUCCCGGAUAAAGCAGAUGCAGGAAGUGGGCUUGCCAAAGAAGGGUUGCCGAAGGCCGCGCUACAGCAACUGUGCGCGUGUGGGUUGUCAAUUGGACACGGCACACGAGCACGUGUGGCACUCUGUCCUGGAGGUGACUUGACAUCUUCCGUGAAGGAUGGACUAUGGCGGAAUGAGGAGGAGGAUCUAGAAGACCCACGAGAAAGGCUGGCAAAGCGGGCUCGCUACGUUUUAGCAAAUUCUGUGUUGCCCGGCACACACGUGAGGACGCUGCGGAGCACACAGGGAGGUUUGUCCCAUGAAGAAGCCAGCGCACUGGAGGAGGAUCAAGCAGCUGACCAAGGAUUCGGUUUCUCUGACGAUCCGUCCGCUGCAGCAGCUAGUCGGCCGAAGCAGCAGCAAAAGCGCAAUGCCGCAGAAGUGGGCGGCGUCCAGGCAACAGCGCUGAAGUAUCUAGUCAUCUUGGCGCUGAUUUAA